GGAGAUGGUAACGCUUGUGGUGUUACAUUUCCAAUGUGGACUUUGAUGAUGAUCGGUUUUAUGAUGGAGGAAUCAAUGAUGACUUAAUAUGUAAAUAUAUGGAUUUUGUGGAUAAGGUACUUGUUUCCCACAAUUCUCUUAAUUUAUAUAGACUCCGUCUUCCAUGUGGUGACUGUGAUGCAUCCCGUACAUGGAUCCGUGCUGUAAUAAAUCGUAAAGUUAAAGAGCUUAGUCUCUUCAUCUCUCCUGCAGUAGAAAUCAAGCUUCCCUACUGCUUUUUUGCCUCUGAAUCACUAGCAGUGUUGACAUUGAAUUUGGAUAACUCUGUUCUCAGCCUUACAUCUUCAAUUUUUCUUCCUGUUCUUAAGAGCAUGAAUCUUAUUUCAGUUAUAUUUUUGGAUGGAAAGUCAACGGAUGAAUUCUUUUCCAACUGCCCAGCCCUUGAAAGUUUGGUCAUGAUAUGUUGCGACAUGAAGACAUUUGGGGUCUUGAAUAUUUCUUCUCCCAAGCUCAAGAGUCUGUCACUUAGAGGGGGUGGUAAUGGAUAUUUAAGGUGGUCUAAGAUCAAGGUUUCUAGUCGAAGUCUUGUAUCAAUCAAGUACAAAUAUUACAUUGCCCGAGAUUAUUUAGUAGAGAACACUUCAUCUCUGGUUGAUGCUUGUAUUAAGCUGCAAGCUGAGUUUGGGCAGAACAAAGUUGACAUCAUUGAGAUUGUCUCUGCGGUUCCUGAUUUGUAUGAUCAAUUGCCUGCAUUUGAUAAUCUUAAACGUUUGGAACUGACUACUGGUUACCGCAAUAUCCAUCUUAUGGCUGUUGCCCACCUUCUCCAGCCGUCUCCUAAACUUGAAUAUCUUCAGAUAAAAAUUGAUCAUGAAAUCCUUUGGGCAUUUUCAUCUUCUAGAAUUAUUAACGARGUYAUGGAAUUUGGUGAACAAGAUGAGUUACAAGUUGAAAAGAAGAGGCUCUCUGAUAUGGGGAACGUAGGUGAGGGAUGCGACAGAAUAAGUGAUCUGCCUGAAUCAAUUCUUCAUCACAUUCUCUCCUUUCUUCCUGCUAGAUAUGCUGUAAGGACUAGCAUUUUGUCAAGGAGAUGGCAACACUUGUGGUAUUAUGUUUCCAUUCUGGAUUUUGAUGAUGAUCUGCUUARUGAUGAUGGAAUCAAUGAAGAUUUAAAAUGUAAAUAUAUGGAUUUUGUGGAUAAGGUGCUUGUUCUCCACAGUUCGCUUAAUUUAUAYAGAGUCCGUCUUCCAUGUGGUGACUGUGAUGCAUCCCGUGUUGAUACAUGGAUCCGSGCUGCAAUAAAUCGUGAAGUUAAAGAACUUAGUCUCUUCAUCUCUCCUACGGUAGAAUUCACGCUUCCCUGCUGCCUUUUUACAUGUGAAUCACUAGAAGUGUUGACACUGCAUUUGGAUGACUCUGUUCUCUACCUUCCAACUUCAAUUUUUCUUCCUGGUCUUAAGAUCGUGAAUCUUAUGUCGGUUAUAUUUUUGGAUGGAAAGUCAGCAGAUGAAUUCUUUUCCAACUGUCCAGCCCUUGAAAGUUUGGUAAUGAUGUGUUGUGACAUUAUGACGUCUGGGUUCUUGCAUAUUUCUGCUCCGAAGCUAAAGAGUCUAUCAAUUUGUGGGGGCCAUAAUGGUUUAAUACAUUCUAAGAUCAAGGUUUCUACCCCAAGUCUUGUAUCAAUCAAGUAUGAUUGUUAUACUGCCCAAGAUUAUUUAGUAGAGAAUACCCCAAAUCUGAUUGAUGCAUGUAUUAAGUUGCAAGCCAAUUUUGGGCAGAACACAGUUAACAGUGUCCAUGGUUACCUUGCCAGUGUAUUAUCUCGUGAGGGUACAUGGGAGCCAUUCUUAUUUACCCGGAGGAAACGACCACUAAAAUUWGUUGAAUGGGCUAGAAUGCGUAUGAGACGUCCAGAUGAUACAGUGUUAGCGUCGCAAUAUGAAGAGGACCGGUUAGAAGAUGAAGAUGGCAAGCCAGAUAAUGAUUACUUGUUAGAAGAUGAAGUGGACAUGCUAGAAAAUGAAGAGGACUGGUUUGAAGAUGAGUACAACAUGCCUGAUGAUGAUAAUGGCUUUCUAGAAGAUGAAGUGGAAAUGCCAGGAGAUCAGGAUGAUAUGCCAGAAAAUGAAGAGGUCUUGUUAGAAGAGGAAUACAACAUGCCAGAUAAUGUUAAUGGCUUGCUAGAAGAUGAAGUGCAAAUACCAGGAUAUAUGGAAGCCAUGCCAGAAAAUGAAGUGGACUUGUUAAAAAAUGAGUACAGCAUGCCUGAUGAUAAUAAUGGCUUGCUAGAAAUGCCAGUAGAUCAGGAGGCCAUGCCAGAAAAUGAAGAGAACUUUUUUUUUGGAUCAAUGGAAAUGAAGAGAACUUGA